AGGCUUAAGGGUAAAUGAAAGCAAACAGUUGAAAGAGAGAGUGGCGGUUAAUGGACAAUCAGGCUGUCAGAUAGACUGACAGGCGCAGAGAGGAAGUCUUAUCAUUGGCAUAAGCACUAACAAACAGCAGGCAUGAAGAGACAGGACAGAAGGUUCUCUCUGGACUCUCUGGAAUACUCAGUUGGUGGUCUGGAGAAUGGAGGACUGUUGGGGAAGGGCCCUAGAGGGAGCCGCUACCGGCGGGCAUCUGAUACCAUGAAGAGUGCCAGUCUAGAGGAUGCCCAGCUGCAGUUCCUCGACCUCAACAGGAGCCUCAACCUGAGGCAACAAACAAUAGAAGAGGAGCGAUUGGAUCAAGUAGACGGCAGCAUCACCCGCCAUACUUUUAUGAAUCACAACAAAACAUUCCACAAAAUAUUCCCAGAUAUUCCGGAGGAAGAAGACCUAACUCAUGCGUUCACCUGUUCCCUGCAGAAGGAGGUGCUCUAUCAUGGCAAGCUCUAUGUGUCCCGCCAACACAUCUGCUUCUACUCCUCUGUGCUGCUCAAGGUCACCAAGGUGAUAAUUGAGGUGGAGAGCAUUCAAACUGUGAGGAAGAAGAACACAGUGAAAGUGCUGCCCAACGCGCUGUCGAUAAUCACCAACAAUGGAGACAAGUACCUGUUUGUGUCCCUACGGAAUCGCCAUUUAUGUUACGAGCUUCUUCUUUCAGUGUGUCCUCACCUCCAGGUUGACAACGGAAUGAGUAGUCCCCAAAUAUCCCAGGACAGCAUUGACCGAGAAAUUGACAUGAUGUCCAGCCACUCGAGUCAGGAUGGGAGUGUGAGUCGGCGGACCAGUGUGGAUGACCCACUUCCUCAUGACUCUCCCUAUCCAGACCUGGCCAAACAAUCUUCGGAGUUAGCCAGGACCAGCUCGAGUCGGACGAGCAGCCUCAGCAAGGAUGGCUAUUCCACAGAGGAUGAGAAUGCAGCAGGUAGAUCGUGGAUGUCUUUUGGAUGGGAGAAAGUCAAGCCAUUCGUCUUUGUGGGAGAAUCAAGAAACGUCAGCUCACUCCUCCUCAUUUACGUCCUACUGCUUGUGCUGCUCCUCCUGUCCUCUAGCUACAUUGGCCUGCGCUUAGUGGCCUUGGAGGAACAACUGAGUGCUCUCAGCUCCUUGCAGGAAGAAUACAAGGAAACAUAGUCUUUCAUUCUGAUGAAGGGUUGAGCCAUCACGUUCCAUGCACGGGUGGGCAACAUUCCUCUCCACCUAGCCAGACGCCACAGUGACGCUCUAGGACAGAAAAGAAGAAAGAGCCAAGACUGGAGUGGAGAAUGAAACCACACGGUCCACUGACUCUAGAUCAGACGCCUGUGCACCUCCCACUCCGUACACCUGUGUGUCUGAUCAAAGCCUCGUGUGGGAGGUGCUGGUGGGAGAGCCUCAUUCUCAUUCUUGUCCCAUCUCAAGGUUGAUCGAUUCCACUGCAUCCCAUAUGAACCAUCCCCCAACAUGCCAUUUGAAAAAGUCAACUGACAUCUGACACAGUACAUGACACAAUGCUUCCAUAUAAAAAACUUGUAUCAACUGGUUAUGCCUGUAACAUGUCAUAUCUGAUUCCAGAAAAUUUUCAUUUUCAUUCAUUGUUUUUUUCAAUUCAGUUCUCAGAUUUCAAAGAAAAAAACAUAUAUAAUAGGAAGGGAUCAUACUGUAUCUAAAUUAAUGUUAAAUCCAAUAUAUUGCUGUUUAAUGAAAAUGUUUUAGAAACACUACAUAUUUAACAAUUCAAUUAACUUGUUUCUUGCUUCUUCAUUAACUGUGUUUCUUAUUUAAACUUUUAGAGUAUUUAUGUAUAGUAGUCUAGCAGUGGAACAAACAAAUUAGAAGGAAAAUAUGACUUAUCUUUGGUAGCAGAUGGAAACUUAAAUAAUUAUUUAAUUGCAUUUAAUGACUUUUUAAAUGACAUCUUUUUUCACAACAUCUCAUAGCCUGCAUUAUCACACAUUUUCAAAUGGUUUUCACUUAUAACCUCACAAUUGGAAAUCUCCUUAAAGUGAUAACGUAAGAGAUGGGAAGGAGGGAGUGGUUGUGGUAAUCAUCAGUAAAUGUAAAAAAGUUCAGCAUUA